AUGAUCAAGAUGAUACUGUUUCGUAAAUUUCGAGUUUUGAUACUCAUGGUGUUUUUGGUGGCGUGCACCAUGCACAUUAUGAUAGACUUGCUCCCAAAACUAGAGAAGCGAGCGGCGGGAUCGGAAACCGGUAACGGUGGCUGCCAGUGCGCGCACAACCCGAGCGAGGAGGCCGGGAGCUGGGGGAAGCAACGCGUUAGGUCGGUGGCGGAACCGGGCUGGCCUAACAAACACACGCUGAGAAUCCUGCAAGAUUUUAGCAACGAGCCGAGCUCAAACCUCACGUCCCAUUCCCUGGAAAAAAUCCCUGCCGCUGGGGAGAGAGCGGAGUCUUUCAAACGAAUGAAACAGUACGACGGGGCAGCGGAUAACCAGAAGCUGCUCAUCAGAGACGCCAGCGGCGGUAAAACCGUUGCUGCGCCCGGUGUCUACCGGCUGUCGGCUCUGUUCGAACAUCCUUUAUACAAGACGGACCUGCCGACCCUCACAGACGACGACACCUUGUUCAACGUCAAUACUGACAUCAGGUUCUAUCCGAAAGCAGCGGGGAAUCAAGAAUGGUAAGGUGGGGAUAAAAGGAAGCAGGCGUAUCACCUUAUAAGAAAUCAAGGUGACAGGUGUAUAGUGCCAUAAAUUGAUUAUUACACUCAAGCAACAGUUACUUAAAUUGACUUCCUCCCUGGCUUUCUCUGUUUGAAUUAAAUGAAUACAAAAGUGAUAUGAAUAUAACUAAUAGUCCACUUGUCCAGAUACUUUAACUGAGCAUCAGUCAGUGUACAAUCUCUGCUCGCUAUCCACUAUAUCCUGUAGCUUAAAGGCUACAUGACUAUAUACAUUACUUAUUGCCCAUAUGCUAUGCAUUGCACCUGCUGCAAAGCAGUACUCCUGUAUGCUAACCAUUCUCUAUCUAUCUAUCUAUCUAUCUAUCUAUCUAUCUAUCUAUCUAUCUAUCUAUCUAUCUAUCUAUCUAUCUAUCUAUCUAUCUAUCUAUCUAUCUAUCUAUCUAUCUAUCUAUCUAUCUAUCUAUCUAUCUAUCUAUCUAUCUAUCUAUCUAUCUAUCUAUCUAUCUAUCUAUCUAUCUAUCUAUCUAUCUAUCUAUCUAUCAUUUCUCCUCACACUCUCCAUUCUCUGGGGAUAUCAUUAACUGGAAGACAAUCCAAUCAAUCUAUUCAACUCUUCCUCUCCACCUCUACCGUUGUGGAGUGAAUGAACUAUCCAUCCAUGCACACUCAAACGAUGCCCUUUCUUUUUAUCUGAACUGUGAUGGUUUUCUGAGCACCCCCCUACCCCAUGCACUUGUAGGCUACUUGCCUAUCUUAUUCUGCCGUGGUUUACUGUAAUAUCUUAUGGUCUUCUAAGAACCUAUCUUAUUCUGCCGUGGUUCACUGUAAUAUCUUAUGGUCUUCUGAGCAUUGGGGGUAGGCAUACUAUUUUCACACUUAUUUUGUUAUUGCAAUGUAAUAACUUAAUUAAGGAUAGAGAGUUUGGCCACAGAAAACAAACACUGUUUAAAGUAGGCAUACAGAUGUUAGGUUAUUUGAUUUGAUUGUAGCCUAUGUAUGACUUCAACAACGAUGCUGUUUAUGUUCAAUCAUGUGUAAAAAACAUAUUGAUUGAAUUUCAAUUUUACACCUUAAUUAAAUGUCAGCUUCCUUGAAAUUGCAUGUAGGACUCUACUUUGACUGCCGGUGUGAUAUUUGAUUUAUUUAGUGGCAUUUGAUUAGACUUGAUAAUCUGGAUACGUGGGGCGGCAGGUAGCUUAGUGGGUAAGAGCGUCGUGUCAGUAACCGAAAGGUCGCUGGUUCUAAUCCCUGGGCCGACUAGGUGAAAAAUCUGUCGAUGUGCCCUUAAGCAAGGCACUUAACCCUAAUUGCUCCUGUAAGUCGCUCUGGAUAAGAGCAUCUGCUAAAUGACUAAAAUGUAAUGUAAAAUAUAAUCAUAAAAAUCUGAAAUACAUCCAAGCCCAAAGCGCCAUGCUCUACCAACUGAGCUACAGGGGACAAUACAUUGACAGUGGAGCCCCUCCCCUCUUCUCCUUUCCUACAACUCAUCCCUCACGUCUGUCCUCCGUACACCAGGCACAAUGAAGCCAACGUGGAAGAGGAGGAGUACCCCCCUACAGGGGAGGUGACAGCUGAGUCCGACCCCAACUGGCUUCGCUUCCACAUCGGUAUCAACCGCUACGAACUCUACUCCAGACACAACCCUGUCCUGGACUCCCUGCUCAAGGAUCUGGUCACCCAGAGGAUCACCAGUGUGGGUGAGUCUGGGGGAAAACUAGAAAUUCUAAGAAUACUGUGCUGUGCAUCUCUAUGAGACUGUUGUGUGUAUUGGAUGGAUGGAUGGAUAGAUAGCGAGAGAGGGAGGGAGGGAUGAACUAUGAUACACACAUAGACACUUAAAUAAAGGCAUUAUAUAGAAAGCCUUGUUCAAUCAACUGCAUCCUGUGCUUUUGUCCCAAUCCUGAGUUUCAAUUAAACCCCCUUUUAUUUUUACCUGAGGCCCUUGUUACAGAUAGCAAAUACGUUCAGAGGAAGUGAAAAAUAGAUGAAAAGCCAUUAAUGCGUCUGUGUCAAACAGUUUGGCUAUGGAAAAUAAUCUGUCAGACCUCAAAGCAAUCAUACAGAGUGCUUAGGUGACAUUAUGUGGUUGUCGCAGGCCAAAUGGGUCCCCUCUGUGACUGCUACUGUUCCCACUGGAGAGCUACUGCUGCAAUGAAGUACUGCCUCCCUCGCUCAAGAGCCUGAGGUCUGCCAUGUCAUAGACGUGUGUGUGUGUAAGGGGGGCGGUGUGGCUGUGUGGGUGUGUGUACGGGUGUGCUUGUGUGUGUGCGUGCGUGCGUGCGAGGGAUACAUAUGUACAUAGUCUCAUGUCUAUGCUGAUGUUUGUGUGCAUGCAAAGACUAGGGCUAAAAUAAGAACCACUGCCCCACGCCAUUGAAGUUCCCUCCAGCAUUGAUAUUAGUUCCUCAAUCACUCCCGGACAGCGUGUAAUCACUCAUGCUCCAUGGCAUCUCUUGUUCUAUGUGUGUCACCCACUGUUUCCUUUGCAUUGCCCAUCAAUCAACUGCAUCUGCACUCAGAGACGGCCAUAUAAAACGAUGUGUGUGUGGGGGAAGGGAUGGGGGGGUUGAGGAGGAGUGUGUGUGUGUGUGUGUUUGUGUGUGUGUGUGUGUGUGUGUGUGUGUGUGUGUGUGUGUGUGUGCGUGCAUACUGUACCUCCACACAGACAGCAGCCUUCCCAAUCAGUCCAGCCUGGAUCAGUGAGAGAGAAAACACAGGGGGCAGAUAUUUAGGAACGUUUCCACUUCAGCAUUUUUCCUGCUGAUAAUGUUUUGUUGAGCCUGUCUCUCUGUAAAGAUAUGGCCUUUUUCUCAGUGUGCAGAACAUCUCAUAACUCAUACAUCUACAGCAGCCCAGGUGUGUGUGUGUGCAUGUGUGUGUAUGUGUGUGUAUGUGUGUGUGUGUGUGUGUGUGUGUUCGUGUACGUGUACGUGCGUACGCCUGUCUGUGUUUGAGAGAGAGGGAGUGAGAAAGAAAGAGAAAGAGAGAGAGAGAGAGAGAGAGAGAGAGAGAGAGAGAGAGAGAGAGAGAGAGAGAGAGCGAGAGCUACGCAUUCAUCAUUAUGAUACAGAAGUGUUCCACCGAGUGGGAGCUUUUGUAAAAAAAUACAUUGUCAUUCAUGAAUUCAGGGAUGCUCAGAUAGAGAGGGCACUAUAGAUGGCCAUCAUAACCAAUGUGGAAUGCAUAGCAGUGCUUCUACUAUAGGUUACCGUGACUCACACUGUAGGCUACUCUACGCUAACGCUGGCCUAGUUUCAAUCCACUUGAACGAUGAAUCUCAUUGGAAUGUUUCAUCAGGGAUGACCUUUUUGAGUUUUGUUGAUUAGAUCAGCGCUUCCCAACUGGUGGAUCGCAUCCAGUUCCUUUUGGAUCACGGGUCGCGGCUUAUGAUCAGUGUCCUAGAUACAAACAAUGGUUUUGUUUAUGUCAUGGGGGCGGUUCACAAUACAUUUUCGAAAACUAUAUAUAGGCAGGUCACGGUGGCAAAGCGUUUAGGACAACUAAAGGAUUAAUGUUAGAUUAUCUGAUAGUACUAUCAACAUGACCCAGCUACCGGAAAAUCUAAUACAUCUUGCCCUAUAACAACAGACAGAAAUAUACACAUUUCUGCUUUGAUCGACAUUAAAGGUAUUAUAUAGUUAUGUUAUAAUACCCUCAGUGGUUACUCAGUGACUACUCUUUCAUUCUGUAUCUCUGACUAGUCACCUCUCUCUCAGCUCUCUCUGCCCUGACACACUGAAUAGGUGCUUGGUGUACUGUGCCUGUAGGUGUAUUCUGUGUGCACUCAGGGGUCAGGAUAGUUUGUCCUCGGACAGCCUAAUAUGUGCCCUUAAAAAUAGGUGGAGUGGAGAAAUGGUAAGAGAGAGAGACCCAGCUGGUGGAGAGAGAGAGAGAGAGAGAGGGAGAGAGAGAGUGAGAGAGUGAGAGUGAGAGUGAGAAAGAAAUAAAGAGAAAGAAUGAGAGAUUGAGAGAGAGAGAGAAAGAGAAAGAAUGAGAGAUUGAGAGAGAAAGACAGAGAAAUAGAAAAAGUGAGUGUGAGAGCAAAGGAGAAAGAAAGAGUGAAAGAGGAGACUGCAGGGCUUGUUUACAUUGUGGUUAGGCAGAGCUGCAGGGUUGUGUAAUAUGCUCAAGUUAAUGCUCUGUAAUAGAUGGGAAAAUCCCCUGAAAGCCUGUCCAUUAUGACAGAAACACAAACCAUUUAGACAGCCCUCUCAGGCCUUUUGUUAGACAGAUAAUCAGCGUGUCUGAUUUAGCCUGGCCCACUCCAUCCGUGUGAAACGGAGCAACGGACAGAUCUAAAGGGAAAGAUGGGCGUAGGUAAUAGUCCUGUACUUUUACACGGGCAGAGAGUGAGUUUAGUGUUGGAGUUCAAAGACUUCUAGCCUCCUGGGUAGUCUGGAGUCUUCCAGUUACUGUACAGCCUAACCAGGUCCAACUCUAACAGGGUUAUUGAGUCUUUUCUUUACAAUAAGGAGGAGAUCCAUACAUGGAUUGAGCUAAAGUGUAGUAGCUCAUGUUUCCUGCAUAAUACAGUGUCUUUGUACAUCACUGGAAUAUGAUCACUGAAAAGAACUGAAGGCAAUUGUUUGGUAAGACCUCCUAUGAAUACACAUAUAACUGUAAGUGCAUUUACAACACUUCAAAAUGCUUAUAAUGCAUUAUGAAGAGGGUUUUCAUAGAAAGUGUUACCAAUCGUUUGUUUUAUUAGGUAUGCCUAUGUUAUGGUAACACACACACACACACACACACACACGGAAAAACAAAGCCCUUGGAUUGUGUUCUCUGUCACACUUCCCACCUAAUCAGCCCAAGUCCCACCUGCAGGUGCUUGUAGAACACCCCCUCCCCAACACACACACACACACACACACACAAACACACACACAAACAUACACACACACACACACACACACACACACACACACACACACACACACACACACACACACACACACACACACACACACACACACACACACACACACACACACACACUUAUCUAUGUUACUACCUGCUACAAUCUCAUUAUGUUGAUGCACAAUGACUAGCAAAAUGUGUAGCAGAUGUUUGCUCCUGUAUGUGAACACUCUUAGAAAAAAUGAUUCCAAAAGGGUUCUUUGGCUGUCCCCAUAGGAGAACGCUUUUUGGUUCCAUGGAGAACAGUCUGUGGAAAGGGUUCUACAUGGAACCCAAAAGGGUUCUACAUGGAACAAAAAGGGUUCUACCUGGAAACAAAAAGGGUUUUUCAAAGAGUUAAUUUUAUGUGGAAAGCCGAAGAACCAUUUUAGGUUCUAGAUAACAGCUUUUAGGUUCUAAAUAACUCUUUUUUUAAAGAGUGUACUGUAGCGGGGGGGGGGGGGGGGUGGCAGAGAAAGACAAGCAACAGCAGCGACAGCAGCGAACAGCCUGCUCUGCCCCUAUCGAGCCUGCUGCUGCGCUACACUGCUGCUACGCUGCACUGUCUACAGUGUGCAACUUCAUCAACAAGCUGUCAAACUAUUGUAAAUAAGUGACAAGCUACAUGCUGUUUAUCAGUGCAGUUCCCAACAUCCUUAGCUAGCUAGCUAACAUUAAAUCCCUGUGUUUGUCAGUGAAGUUAGCUAGCAGCAGGCAGGCUACAACAAGCUUAACCAGCUGAUGAAAUCACUUGCGACCGAUAUACUUGCACAUCUCACUGUCUAUCAGAGUAUGUGUCUGUCUGCCCCAGUGCCUGUGUUUCUUAGCUAGUGACUCAUACACAAGACAGGUCCAGUGGCACGUAUUCAUGGUUGCCCAGGGAAGCCAGGCUUUCCCCCAAAAUUGACCAAUGUUUUUUUUUGUUAACAUUAAAUUAUUUAUCUUUCGUCUCUCUGUGUUUCAUAAUUUUCCUACAAUUCGCAAGAGAGUGAAUGUAUCUCACAGGAGAAAGCAUACGAGCGAGCGAAACAGCGCCUCUCUAUCUCUCUACGUGUAGGCCAUCUAUCUGAUGCUGUCUGGUUCAAACGAGCAUUACAUUGUUGCCGCCCGUAGCAUUGAAUGCAAGGGAAGCUAGCGAGCAUUUGGCCUCCCUUGAUUAAAAAAAUAUUAAUAAUUAGCCAAUCAGCGCUGAGCUAAACUGAGUAAGCUCAACUGUGAAUGGUCCUGGCGCACCAAAACAAAGUGUCAAAGGAAGCCAACUUGGAUUUUGGCUUCACUCAAAUCACAUUGAGAGCAUAUUUCAUUGACAGAAACAACUUGAAUUGUUGCAUCUCCUUGUGUUGUUGUCCUCUGGUGGCUAGCUAGCUAGCUAGCUAGCUAAAAUUGUCCCUUUCCUAAAUUAGCCAUGGAUGGAAAUAGGGAUUUGGACUUGUGGUUUUACUUAAUUCUCUGUACUGGCCAAUGAUUAUAACGGCGAUUCUGAUCCAACCAUUAAUUCAUACAUUGUUGUGCCCCUGGCCUGAUAGGAUGGAAGUUCAAUACAGUGGGGAAAAAAAGUAUUUAGUCAGCCACCAAUUGUGCAUGUUCUCCCACUUAAAAAGAUGAGAGAGGCCUGUAAUUUUCAUCAUAGGUACAUGUCAACUAUGACAGACAAAUUGAGAAAAAAGUCCAGAAAAUCACAUUGUAGGAAUUUUAAUGAAUUUAUUUGCAAAUUAUGGUGGAAAAUAAGUAUUUGGUCACCUACAAACAAGCAAGAUUUCUGGCUCUCACAGACCUGUAACUUCUUCUUUAAGAGGCUCCUCUGUCCUCCACUCGUUACCUGUAUUAAUGGCACCUGUUUUGAACUUGAAUCUGCAAUAGGUAAGCAGCUUGGUUUGAAGAAAUCAACUGUGGGAGCAAUUAUUAGAAAAUGGAAGACAUACAAGACCACUGAUAAUCUCCCUCGAUCUGGGGCUCCACGCAAGAUCUCACCCUGUGGGGGUCAAAAUGAUCAAAAGAACGGUGAGCAAAAAUCCCAGAACCACACGGGGGGACCUAGUGAAUGACCUGCAGAGCUGGGACCAAAGUAACAAAGCCUACCAUCAGUAACACACUAUGCCGCCAGGGACUCAAAUCCUGCAGUGCCAGACGUGUCCCCCUGCUUUAAGCCAGUAAAUGUCCAGGCCCGUCUGAAGUUUGCUAGAGUGCAUUUGGAUGAUCCAGAAGAGGAUUGGGGAGAAUGUCAUAUGGACAGAUGAAACCAAAAUAUAACUUUUUGGUAAAAACUCAACUCGUCGUGUUUUGGAGGACAAAGAAUGCUGAGUUGCAUCCAAAGAAACACCAUACCUACUCUGAAGCAUGGGGUGGAAACAUCAUGCUUUGGGGCUGUUUUUCUGCAAAGGGACCAGGACGACUGAUCCGUGUAAAGGAAAGAAUGAAUGGGCCCAUGUAUCGUGAGAUUUUGAGUGAAAACCUCCUUCCAUCAGCAAGGGCAUUGAAGAUGAAACGUUGGCUGGGUCUUUCAGCAUGACAAUGAUCCCAAACACACCGCCCGGGCAAUGAAGGAGUGGCUUCGUAAGAAGCAUUUCAAGGUCCUGGAGUGGCCUAGCCAGUCUCCAGAUUCAACCCCAUAGAAAAUCUUUGGAGGGAGUUGAAAGUCCGUGUUGCCCCAGCGACAGCCCCAAAACAUUACUGCUCUAGAGGAGAUCUGCAUGGAGGAAUGGGCCAAAAUACCAGCAACAGUGUGUGAAAACCUUGUGAAGACAGAAAAUGUUUGACCUGUGUCAUUGCCAACAAAGGGUAUAUAUAACAAAGUAUUGAGAAACUUUUGUUAUUGAUCAAAUACUUAUUUUCCACCAUAAUUUGCAAAUAAAUUCCUUAAAAAUCCUACAAUGUGAUUUUCUAGAUUUUUUUUUCUCAUUUUGGUCUGUCAUAGUUGACGGGUACCUAUGAUGAAAAUGACAGGCCUCUCUCAUCUUUUUAAGUGGGAGAACUUGCACAAUUGGUGGCUGACUAAAUACUUUUUUUCCCCCACUGUAUGUAGCUAGAUGUAGAAGGCUAACUAGCUAACGUUUCCCAUGAAUGGAAGUUAGGCUAGCGAGCAAGCAGUUUAGCCAGGUAAGCCUAGGACAACACAAAAAUAAAAGCAUGUACUGUAUGACAGAGUGAUAGACCGGUUCAUCAACAUGAAAGAGAGGAGGAUGGCGUUGGAAUUUCUCUACAAGUAGGGUGAGUCAACAUGAUUGUCUACUUGCACGAACACGCACGCACACACACAUAAAUCAGAACAAUGGACAGCCACAUCAUAUUUAGCUUAUGUUGAUUGGACUAAAUAGUUUUUGGUAUCUUUUAGUUGUCACUGUAUUAGACUAAGCAGAGUUGAUUUGAUUGAAGUUGAAAUGGUGCUGGAAUAGUGGAGGCAGCUCCUGUUUUCUUUGCGACUUGCGGUAACUCUCUGUGGUUCUAAAUCAAUAGUUUAGUGGUCCGAAAAUGUCGGAAACAUUAACUUUCUUGACCAUUCUGUAGGUCAUGUAACUGUUUGUUACAUGCAAUAUGUUUUGUGGACUUUACUGGACAGAUGUUGCUCUCCGGUUUUGUGAUGAAACAAAGGUGUGGUUGAAUUUAUUCUGCCACUGUGUCUUCUUAUUUUCUCGGCCUUUAGGCCUAUAUAUCAUGGUCGCAAGGCAUAUGAACUAACAGGUUAUAGAGCAAACAAUGUGAUUUUACCCACACACCACUACUGGACAGGUCGAGGGAGACGAUGCUUGCAAAUGUAUUUAUAUUAAGUGGCAGUUGGGACAUCGAGUAUGCAUCGUCUCAAUGCUCAUUUUGGCUAAAACACCUUCGGACUCGAAUUAUCACUAUCAAACACAACAGUAAGUGGCCACUCGAUAAAGGGCUUAGGAGCCAAAUGUUCGGUUUGAGAUUCAGCCUACUGCGGUAGAUAGAACUUCAUUGCCCCCCUAGCGCUCAUACGCGAUAGGAACAUAUUCUGCAUUGUGAAUUCAUGUGGAAAACCGAUAAAAAGAUGGCUGUUUAAUCGUUAAGAAAAUGUUUCAAUUUGUCACAUCCCUAGUGGGGAGGGGGGGGGGGGUCAUUGGUGUGUGUGUGUGUGCCUGUGUGCGUGUGUGUGUGUAUGUGUCUGUGUCUCUGUACCUCAAGAUGGUAAAGUAAAUUGACCUUUUACCUUUUGUCUCUUCCCUAAACAGCCAUGAAGUCAGGAGGAACUCAACUGAAGCUCAUCAUGACUUUCCAGAACUACGGACAGGCGCUGUUCAAGCCCAUGAAGUAA